AUGCUACCCCCUAACAAUGUUAUCCCAAAAUCUACUUACGACGUAAAGAAGUUCUUAAAAGUAUUUGAUCUAGGAUAUGAAAAGAUUCAUGCUUGUGAAAAUGAUUGUUGCUUGUUUACGAAAGAGAAUAAAGAUUUAGAGACAUGCCCAAUUUGUGAACAUUCUCGAUGGAAGGUGGAUAAACGCACGAAAAGAAUGAAACGGGGUGUUCCAACAAAAGUAUUAAGAUACUUUCCGUUGAUUCCAAGAUUGAAACGAAUGUUCCAAAUGCAUGAUGUAGCUGAAUUAUUGACAUGGCAUAUGAACCAUAAAAAUAGUGAUGGGAAGAUGCAUCAUCCAGUUGAUUCUGUUUCAUGGGACUCAAUUGAUGCAAAGUGGCCUGACUUUUCGAAUGAUCCACGAAACUUGAGGUUCGGUCUUGCAACCGAUGGUUUCAACCCAUUCUCUAAUCUUAGUAGUCGAUACAGUUGUUGGCCAGUCAUGCUUGUGACAUACAACCUACCUCCUUGGUUAUGCAUAUCGAAAGAAAAUAUAAUGCUAACUUUACUGAUUCCUGGUCCUAAACAGCCUGGCAAUGACAUUGACAUUUUCUUGCAACCAUUAAUUGAUGACUUGAAAUUGUUAUGGGAUGGAGUUGAAGUUUACGAUGUAGUUAGCAAAUCAAACUUCAAUUUGAGAGUUGUGCUUAUAUGGACAAUCAAUGACUUUCCUGCUUAUGGAAAUCUUGCUGGGUGUACAACGAAGGGUAAGACGGCUUGUCCAAUUUGUGGGGAGCACACACAUUCUCAGUGGUUGUACCACAGUAAGAAAUUAGUCUAUAUGGGUCAUAGACGCUUUUUACCUCCAUCUCAUCCGUAUAAAAGAAAGAAGUCAUGGUUUGAUGGCAAAGUUGAAGAUCGACAAGUUCCUAGGAUUGCAAAUGGGAAUGCAAUCGAUACCCAACUUAAAGAUUUUCAAAAUUUCUUUGGAAAAGUUGAUAAGAAAAAACGAAAGAGACAAAAAGAGUUGAAAGGAAUGUGGAAAAAACGAUCCAUCUUCUUUGACUUACCAUAUUGGAAGGAACUUGUAUUACGUCACAACUUAGACGUCAUGCAUGUUGAGAAAAAUGUAUGUGAGAGCAUAAUAGGCACAUUGUUGGAUAUUAAUGGAAAAUCAAAAGAUGGAUACAAUGCUCGUAAAGAUUUGCAAGACAUGAAUAUACGACAUGACUUACACCCAGUAGAACACGAGAGUCGAGUAUACCUUCCUCCAGCUUUACACACUUUGUCUAAAUUAGAGAAACAACUGUUUUGCAAGAGGUUAUACGAGUUGAAAGUACCUGAUGGUUAUAGUUCAAACAUUUCUAACUGUGUUUCAGUGGAGGAAACCAAAGUAAUGGGAUUAAAAUCUCAUGACUAUCAUGUGCUAAUGCAACAACUUCUACCGGUUGUCAUUAGGGGAAUGCUUCCAAAGGGCCCGAGACAUUCAAUAACACGAAUCUGUGGAUUCUUUAAUAAAAUCUACCAACGUGUAAUUGAUCGAGAAAGUAUGUUGGAAAUUGAAAAGGAGGUAAUCGAAACACUAUGCCUUUUUUAG